AUGCCGUUCGAGCACUCGUCUAUAACCUCCCAAUUCAAAUUACAACCUUCCGCUUUAUCUAAUUAUAAGAGUUUUCUCCAACAUUUGUCUAAGAUUAAUAAAACUUCAUCUUCUCCUCAUCGCCACUCUUCAAUAGCGGAUGAACCGAAGUUGAUCAUCCAUCCUAGUAGCCAAAUGCAGCUUUCAGAUCCUUUGUUGAAUUUGCAAAAUGGAAACUUGUCCCGUGAGUUUUGGAUGAGAGAUGAAAGGACUACUAAGUGCUCUCUUUGCGAGGCGGAAUUUAGCUUCUUUCGCCGAAAGCACCAUUGUCGUAUCUGUGGAAAGAUUUUUUGCUCAAAAUGCCUGACCAAAGUUUCAGGAGAAAUAUAUAAUCUUCCCCGAGAGAUUAAAGUCUGCUUACCAUGUGCUUCUGUCUCAAAAUCGAGUCUUUUAUCCCGUUAUAGUCAUGAGGAAAGAGCGAACCCUUAUAUAGGGAUGAAUAUUCCCAUGCCUUUCCCUUCAUUUCUAGAGGAAAGUUCAAACGACCAUGUUUUAUCGUCUUUUGCGGAAUACAGCAAUCCUUAUGAAAUGCCCGUUGAUGUACGACCUCCUGACAUAACCCCUAUGAUUGCUAUUCCAUCAAGCCGCUCAAGCUAUAAAUCACCAGGAUGGGGUCACCGUUCUAUUUUUGUUGAAUGGAAAAAGCAAAACUUGAGUCCACAGCAAUUCAAUAAACCCAUCUCUCAAUAUUCCCCUCUCAAUGCUUCCAUUCCACGCGAUAUCGGUUCUUCCGUUGUAUCCAUGGAGCGAUCAUCUUCGAACCCUUUACUUCAAAAUGGGACUUAUGGUCAUAUGAGUCCUUUGCUUAACAAAGUGAAAAGGAUGAAACAUUCUCCUGCAGUAAGGUUUUCUACUCCUUCUAUGAAUGGUGAACGAUGUCCUUCUAAGCUUCCAUUGAAUAAUAAUCGUUCUCCUGGAAUAUCGUUUCCAAACUCUCCCCCAAGUGUAAAAAAUGAGCGCUUUCAUCCAACCCAUGAAGAAGAAUUUUAUGUUCAUACCCCGCAAACCGAUACCGAUCUUAAUUCUCCAAAGUUUGAGCUUUAUUCUAAUUUUGAAGACUCUGAUGAUGAAUCUUUAUUUAAUAAUUCAAUGAUUAUUCCGUUUCAUACAAAUUAUAAUUCUUCUGCGAGGCUGCAAUAUCCCAUCGCUAAUUCUACUAAUGUAAACCCUCAUUCUUCCGCGGAUAGUUGUGGCUAUCACUUAAAUCCUUUCAUUUCUUUAUUAAAAUUUAUCCUUCCAUCAUCAUUGUUGCAAUCCGGUCCUCCUUCACCUCCUCAAUGUGUUGCUCAGUUGCUUAGCUCUCAGACGGACAAUGCUAUUUCAUCAGGAGAAGCAUCUCCUCGUUUCCGUGCGCGUUCGAGAAGCUCCUCGCAUUCACCUUCUGUUCCUGCCCCUUGGAUAAUUUUUUUUGACGCUUUCAAUGAUUUAGUGGUAGAGUUUCUAAAAAGGUUACUUCUACAAAUGCUAUUAGACGCUAACGUUGAAGCCCCUUUAAAAUGGGUUUUUUGUUUACCACAAAUUUUACUAAAAACUUCACUGAAUAUGAGCCCUGACAUUCCUGCUGGUGAUGAUAUUGACGUGCGAAGUGGUCAGCCAAAUGAGACUUUUUAUAUCCCUGGAAUUUUGUUUACAAAGAAAGCGUCAUCUAAAUCAAUGGAUCGACCUGUUCAGAAACCUCGCAUAGCUCUUUUGUCUUUUAGUUUGGAUUAUGACUGCAAUGAACAAAGAAUCCUUUCAUUAGAUUCUUUGAUGAAUCAGCAAGAGGAAUAUGUGUAUAACCUUGUAAGUAGGAUAUGUACAUUGAAGCCAACGCUUGUCUUUAUUAAGGAUGAUAUUCCAGCGAUUGCUUUAAAAUAUUUUGAAGAACACGGUGUUGUCGCGAUUUGUGGAAUAAAAGAAACCGUUAUGUACGAUAUAGCUAGAUGUUGUCAUGCAGACAUAAUAUCUUCUAUUGACAAACUCUCUCUUCGUCCUCGUUUAGGGACUUGUGGGCAAUUUCAACUUCGUAGCUAUGUCAUUGAUGAGAAAACAGGUAUAAGGAAGACUUUUGCUAUUCUGGAUCAUUGCUCAGAACGUUUGGGAUGCACUGUAGUCUUAAGGGGAGGGUCUUAUGAAGAAUUGACAAAAGUAAAACGAAUCGUCGAAAUUUCAUUGCUUGCUACUUACCACCUUAAGUUAGAGUCAUGUAUGCUAAGAGACAAGUUUGUGAAUAUGACUGAGCUUCUUAGUUCAGCUCACAAUAUGAUGACCCCUAUAGAGGAUUUCAUGGAAAAGCUAGGUGUAUGCAAUUCCGAACCUUCUCAUAGCAAACAGUUAGAAGAUCAAGGGGCAGAAAACUACUCCCAUCAUAACUGCUUGGACUCUGACACUACUAACGCUACUAUUGAUUUCUCUUUUAACCGCGAUUUUGAUUCUCAUUCGGACAUUGAGGUGAACUUUCCUGCGGUUGAUGAUUAUGCUUCCAUUAAAAGCGCUUUACUGGAACGAAUAACAACGUUUUCCCCUUUUAUAAAAAGACCUUUACCACGGUUACUAGGCCGAGUUUACCAUCUUCAGACACUUGAAAACAUUUAUUUAACUAAACUGAAUUCUGAUUAUCCUAAUUCUUAUCUUUUGAAUUUUAUGAACGAAUUUUUGGGUACACUUCAUCAUGGUGAUGACUGUCAACUAGCAUACAACCUAUUGUGUACACAUGAAAGAUUGACUUUUCUUCAAAAACAAUGGGAACUAUAUUAUUCUCGCUCUCAACAACUCUUUUCUCCGCUUUCUAAUCAGAGGAUGGUGGUAUUAUAUUCCAUUAUUAAUAAAGAAACAUCCGUGCCCUGUAUUGGCCCCGAGAGGUGUUUGCUUGAGUUUUAUCGUGAAUCGGAUUGCACUUUGGGGCAGUUUAUUGAAAGUACUUGUCUAAACACGAAUGUUAGUUGCGGUGGGGAAUAUUGUCCUACGAAAGACAUGCUGUCACAUUAUAAGAGUUACGUGCAUGGAAACGGGAGAAUAAGUGUGGUACUUGAAGAAUUUACUUGUCCGAUUUCUGGAUUAGAAGAAAAAAUUGUCUUAUGGAAUUAUUGCAGAUCUUGUCAGAGAAAUACGCCAGUAACGGUGAUGUCUGACGAAACAUGGAGAUACUCAUUUGGAAAGUACCUCGAAUUUAUGUUCUAUAACGAUGAUAUUAAAGAUAGGUUCGAUUUUUGCAAUCACAGCAUUAUGCAUGACCAUGUGCAUUAUUUUGGCUAUGUAAACUUGGCUGUGAGAUUUCAAAGAGACCCAAUUGAAAUUUUUGAGCUCUUCGUUCCUCAAGUUAUGCUAUACUAUAAUCCUAUUUUUGUUAAAAAUCAGAAAGAUUGCGAAUACUUUCGGUUGAAAAAACUAAUUGAGAAAUGCCUAUCUUCAGUGACGACCCGAAUAAACCAACUGCGUACUGAUUGGGUUACUGAUCCUGCUAAAUUACAAUCAUGUGAAGAAGAAAUAGCAAGUUACCGUUUAACGUUAACAAACGAUCAUAAUGAUUUAUAUUCGGAAUUGGAUUCGAUUUAUCAAAACACGUCAAUUAUUGAUUUUUUAUCUAUGAAUUCCGUUUUAAGGAUUUUACAAGGAAGAAUGAUAAAAUGGGAACAACGGUUUACUGAUUACCAACGGCUUUACUUACCUUCUUAUAAGGAGAUAAGUCGGUUAGCGGCUACUCAAAUAAAAAAAGUUUUCUUAGCCCGUUCAGUAUUACAGCAACCGUCUGAUCCUAUGGAAAGCCUGGAUUCUGCAAAAGAUUUGGUUGUUCCACAUGCGGAAAAUCCAUCAUUAGAUGAUGACUCGAAAGAAGAAAAGAAAGAAUUAUCCCAUACCAGAAGUGAAUCGGCUAUUUCAAUUGAUGUAUUCAAAGAUAAUGAAUCUUUAGGGUCCUCAUUGCGUUCAGUUUUUCCAGUUAUGGAAUCGGGUACUGAAAGGAAGUAUAGCGGUAAUUCACCGAAAUCUCCAACCAAACCAGAAAAUACGGAAAGCCAUAGUUUCCCGGUAUCGCCAAGCACCUCAAGAAACAAAACAAGUUGUAGAAGUUCCAGUGAACAAUCACUUUCGGAGUCAUUCGAUAAAAAAAGACACAAUAGUAUUCUUUCCUCUCCGACGUCUAAGGAUUAUCUUUCAGAUGGUCUUAGAAACCCGGUUUCAUCUGCCAUAUCGGCUAGGAUAUCAAGCAUGCAAAGAUCUACUAAACCUAUUACUAGGAAAAUAGCUCCGACAAAGGAUGCUCGUGUAAGCUGUUUAGUAAGACAAUUUGAGGAAUUAAGUCAGCAACUUCAAGAAAAAAGGCGUCGAGAUGAUGAAUUGGUUAGGGCCCGUCGUAAAAGGACGAUGCCAGUUGCACCUUCUAAGCCCGUCGUCGAAGUUUUUAGCGAUUUAUCAAAUGCAUUCGAAGAUGAAGAAGCAUCAGAUGACGAAGCCAAUGAGUUGGAAAAGAAAGAAAUGAAUGAUAUUAGAAAUGUUCCAAAUAGAGAAACAAAGAAUGUGAAGGAAGAUGAGGACACGUCCUAUGAUACCUUUGAAGACAUUUUCGGUGUUUUAUUUAAAAAUGAGCCUGACUUAGGAGAGCGCCAAACACCGGAAAGCUUCGACAAUCGGCAAAAUGUUUCUAAAGAGGAUUUGAGAUCAGAAUUUACAGGCCCUUACAACGACAAAACUUCUUUAUACAAAAUUCUUUCGACUUUUUGGUCGGAAUGGAACUCUCUGAAUCCUUUACCUUUUGAAUUUCCUUUGCAAGCAUCCGAACAUAUCUUCUCUGACUCAAAUGUGGUAAUAAGGGAGGAUGAACCUAGCUCUUUAAUCAGCUUCACUCUCAACUCUCCUGAUUAUAUUAAUAAAAUGGUUGAAAUUGAAAACAAUAUGGAUAAUUUCUUGUUCGAAAGCGCAAGUCAACCGACUUUACAAGACAAAAUCGAAAAUUUGAUGUUAAAGCCUACAGGGACUCAUCUUAAGUAUCAAUUUGAGGAGGGGUCCGCAAAUUUGUCUUGUAAAGUUUUCUUUGCUGAACAAUUUAGUGCUUUAAGGCGUGCAUGUGAUGUCGCAGAUAGUUUCGUUUCUUCUCUUUCAAGAUGUUCCGUUUGGGAAUCUAGUGGAGGGAAGUCCGGAUCUGCCUUUCUUAAGACAUUCGAUGAAAGAUACGUUAUGAAGGUAGUUUCAAGAUUGGAAAGUGAUUCACUUUUGAGCUUUGCUCCUGCUUACUUUGAUUAUAUGUCGAAAGUAGUUUUUCAUGAAUUGCCAACAACACUCACCAAGAUAUUCGGGUUUUAUCAUGUCGAUAUUCGAAACCCUUCCACGGGAAAAGUAUGCAAACUUGAUAUAAUGGUAAUGGAAAAUUUAUUUUAUGACAAAAAACCAUCUAGGAUAUUUGACCUGAAAGGGUCGAUGCGAAAUCGACAUGUACAAUCCACUGGAAAGGUCAACGAAGUUUUACUAGACGAGAAUUUGGUAGAGCUUAUCUAUGAAUCUCCCAUUUUUGUAAGUGAACAGCUGAAAAGUCUGCUACAGUCCUCAUUAUGGAAUGACACUUUAUUCUUAUCUAAAUUAAAUAUAAUGGACUAUUCCUUAGUUGUGGGUAUUGACUAUGAAAAACGUGAGCUAUAUGUCGGUAUAAUUGACUUCAUCCGAACCUACACUUGGGAUAAAAAGCUAGAAAGCUGGGUGAAAGAGAAAGGAUUAGUGGGAAGAGGCCCUGAGCCUACCAUCGUGACGCCAAAACAGUAUAAAAUUAGAUUUAGAAAGGCUAUGGAUUGUUAUAUUCUGGCAUCUCAAGAUUUUGAAGUCGACGGCGGAAAUGAAAAAUAUGACUAG